AUGUUAUCAAUUAAAACUUGUAGAUCAAUUGUAAAUUUAUCAAGUAAACAAGCAAAUCAACAACAAUUUAUUUGUGGAUAUGCAGCAAAAGUUGUUAAAAGGGGCGGUAAAAAAGUAGUAGAAGAAGAGGAUACAGGUGUUGAUCUUAGUGAAAAAUAUGAUGUAAAAGUGUCAAAAGCAUCUUACCAAAAGAUUAUACAACGUUUCCAAGUUUUAUUUAAACGUCCAGAAUUUGCAGACAAAAAUGAAAGUGAUGAAGAGAAACGAUUAAGAUUAAUUAACUACAAUUAUACCGCAUACAGUAACGAACUCAAACAAGAAAAAGAAAGAGAAGAAAGAGAGAAAUUAGAUUAUCAAUGGGAUGCAGUUAUGGAAUUACCAGAAGAUCUCAGAAAAAUCGCAUUAUUAAUUGAAACAGAUAAAGAAAUGCCAUUAAUUCCAUUUUUAUAUGAUACACCACCAACUAAAGGUGAUCCAAAGAAAACAAUUCAAUUAAAGAAAAAAGAUAGAAAUCUUAAACCAUCUGAAAGAACUUUCUUAUCAAAUUCACAAAUUUAA